GGAGGGAGUUCGGCAACCGCUUCGCGCAGCUCACCGUCUUCGACGCCGAGGCUCGGCACGAAGCAGAGGCUCGGCAGGGGGGCGGCGCAGGUUCGGUGGCGACGACCCUGCGAUUCCUUGCGUUUUUAGAGGACGACGAGUCGAUAAAAAAGUCGCAGUGGGAGGGGUGGGGCGAGGCGGAGUUCAGUGACCUUUUCGCCCAGGGGAGUUAAAGCUCAAGUGCCUCAUCUGGCCCGGCCACGACGCUUAUAUGCAAUCGCUUGAGCCUGCUUAUAUCGUGAAUGCCGUGGCAGCAAACAACUACCUCUGGCACAACAUUAUAGAAUGUCCACUCCCACCAUACACCGAGCUUACUUCUAACGAGACAGCCUCAAACGAAUCAUCCGACUCCCUUUCUCUCUCAACUGACCCCCCUGCGUCGUUACCAGAGCGGUUGAGAACGGUGGAGGGGCGGCGGUGGGGCGUGCAGCGUGGGCAGCAGGUGCAGGUGCAGCUGGUGGCGGCAGAGGCUGGCGCCGACCUGCGCAUGGCGCCGCUGCUGCUGUGCCGCGCCGACCACGACAAGCGCACCCUCGCCUCCUCCCCGCACUCGCUCUCCCUCUCCGCCUCCCCUCUCCACACCACCACUGCUGCUGCCUGGCCCGUCCCUCCCUCCAUUCCCCCGCCCUUUCCCUUCACUGCAGUUGAGCGGGAGUUGGCUGCUGUGGCU